ACUCUACAGGCAUGAGGAGGCUAGUGGUUCUUUCUUUUCUGGUAGCUAGCGCCUAUGGAUGUGGCCUUCCCACCUUCCCUCCUGUGCUGAGCAGGGUGGUGGCAGGAGAGGACGUCCAGCCUCACAGCUGGCCCUGGCAGAUCUCGCUCCAGUCGGACAGCAGUGGGCGCUGGAGGCACGUCUGUGGAGGCACCCUCAUCUCUUCUGACUGGGUCCUCACUGCUGCACACUGCAUCAAUGACCGCUACAACUACAGAGUAGAAAUGGGUAAACACAGCCUGAAGACGAGCGAGGAGGGCUCGAUCGCCCGGAGAGCAGCCACAAUCAUCACCCAUGAGGACUACAACAUCAUGCUCAGCCGUAACGACAUUGCCCUGAUCAAGCUGUCCUCUCCAGUCACCUUCUCCGACACAAUCAUGCCCGCCUGCAUGCCCGACCGGGGCGUGGUCCUGCCUCACGGUGCACCCUGCUACGUCACCGGCUGGGGUCGACUCUCCACCAGCGGUCCUCCGGCUGACAUCCUGCAGCAGGCUCUCCUGCCGGUGGUUGGCCACGAUACCUGCUCACAGCCCGACUGGUGGAGCGUCCUGGCAACAGACAAGAUGGUCUGUGCCGGAGGUGAUGGCAUCACUGCUGGCUGUAAUGGAGACUCUGGUGGCCCCCUGAUCUGCCAGAACCCUGAUGGCUCUUGGGACGUCCACGGCGUGGUGAGCUUCGGUUCUGGUCAGGGCUGCAAUGUCCUCCAGAAGCCCACUGUCUUCACACAAGUCAGCUCCUACAUCAACUGGAUCAACUCAGCCAUGACCAACUACUGAAGAAUCCCUUCAAGUGCUUUUGUCAGCAAGAAGAAUUAUGAUUAAUAAUGUGUUUUCCUAUUUUUUGGGAGAAAAGUAAAAGUAAAAUGCUGUUUACCAG